AUGGCCCUGUGGACGCGCCUGCUGCCCCUGCUGGCCCUGCUGGCCCUGUGGGGGGCCUGCCCCGCCCAGGCCUUCGUCAACCAGCACCUGUGCGGCUCUCACCUGGUGGAGGCGCUCUACCUGGUGUGCGGAGAGCGCGGCUUCUUCUACACCCCCAAGUCCCGCCGGGAUGCGGAGGAUACACAGGUGGGGCAGCUGGAGCUGGGGGGCGGCCUGGCGCUGGACCUGCCCCCGCAGAAGCGCGGCAUUGUGGACCAGUGCUGCACCAGCAUCUGCUCCCUGUACCAGCUGGAGAACUACUGCAACUAG